CCCUCACUACACCUGACUUCUGCCCGCCGUGCGUGCUGCACAACGCCGCUCUGAACCCCACAAACAACCUGCUUUAACCCAGCAGCAUUUUGAGUUGAUCACCAAUGAUACAUGGAAGCCCGGGUCGCACCGUGGACCCGCUGAAUGCUGUUUUGUCGAGGGCGAUAACUUUCAAUCUCAAGUCUCCAGACGGAGUGAAGGAUGUGGUCGUCUGUUGCCCUGCCGGCUCUGCUGCUGGUUCUGGGAUCGACCUAUAAUGUAUGGAGUCUGAAUCCAGAUGACCCUAAUGUCUGCAGCCACUGGGAGAGCUACGCUGUGACUGUCCAAGAGUCCUACGCUCACCCGUUUGACCAGAUCUACUACACCAGAUGCACAGAUAUCCUCAACUGGUUUAAAUGCACGAGGCACAGGAUAAGCUAUAAGACGGCUUACCGGCGGGGAGUGAGGACCAUGUAUAGGCGCCGCUCGCAGUGUUGCCCGGGUUACUUUGAGAGCGGAGACCUGUGUGUUCCUCUGUGUACCGAGGAGUGUGUCCACGGUCGCUGCGUGUCUCCUGAUACAUGCCAGUGUGAGCCCGGAUGGGGGGGACUGGACUGCUCUAGUGAUCAAAGCGCCCGGGCCACUGCAAUUCUCAAUGGGACACAACACCGACCAAUCUAUGGUGCCUCACGGGACACAGUGCUGUUUCCUUCAGAGAGCCAAUUGUCAAGCCUCUACGGUUGA